AUGUCAUCCUCCAACUCCCCCUGCGCAGCCUGCAAAUUCCUCCGCCGAAAAUGCACGCAAGAGUGCGUAUUCGCCCCCUAUUUCCCACCCGAUCAGCCCCAGAAAUUCGCCAACGUGCACAAGGUAUUCGGUGCGAGCAAUGUGACAAAGCUAUUGAACGAAUUGAACGCCACACAGCGCGAGGACGCAGUGAACUCAUUAGCCUACGAGGCGGAGUUUCGUUUGCGUGACCCUGUGUACGGAUGCGUAGGCCUUAUCUCAGUCCUACAACACAAGCUCAAACAAAUGCAAACCGAUCUUUACAACGCCAAAAAGGAGCUCUCUACUUACAUUGGCUCUCAAGCUAUGCUCCCAAUUCUCCAGCCUCCCAUUGCCGGAAACCACCCUUCCUCCUCCUCCGCCGCUCUCCUUCCCUACAACAUGUUCCCCAUGCUUGGAAUCCCGAAUUCCGGUGCCGCUCCCUCAUCAUCCCACCAGAUGCUCAUUCGUGACACGCCUCAACACCAGCAGACCCAGACCCAGACCCAGACCCAGACCCAGACCCAGACCCAGAAUCAGUUGUUUGAGGCGCAGCAGUUGGCGGCUGCGGUGGCUGCCAGAGAACAGCAGGAGAUGUUUAGGGCUUACGAGCAGAAACAAACCCAACAUCAUUCGCAACGCCAACAGGAGCUGAUGAGGUUCGAUGGGUUCGACCCAGCUGGGAACCAAAUCAAUUCCUCAGCGUCUAAUUUAACAUUGGGGACGUUUGUUGAUAAUAGCUACCAAAUUGAAGCACAACCGCUUCAGGUGCAGCUGUUUCUCCAGCCCCAACAGACACUGGUUGAGCAACACCCGCAAACACACAAGCCUGAACCCACCGCGGAGGAUGGUAGGAAUAUGAACAUUGGCCCAUCGUGUUAA